AGUCAAAUUAUUACCUUCAGGGGAUACCCUAGUGAGGAGUACGAAGUGACAACAGAAGAUGGGUAUAUCCUUUCUGUUAACAGAAUCCCUUAUGGAAGAAAAGGCCGUGACAGGAGCAAAGGUCCAAGGCCUGCUGUAUUUCUGCAGCAUGGUUUGCUUGCAGAUGCUAGCAAUUGGAUCACAAAUUUGGAUUACAACAGCCUCGGCUUUAUGCUGGCAGAUGCUGGCUAUGAUGUAUGGCUGGGAAACAGCAGAGGGAACACCUGGUCCAGGAAACAUACACACUUCACAGUGAAGCAAGAAGAAUUCUGGGUUUUCAGCUUUGAUGAAAUGGCUAAGUAUGACAUUCCAGCCUCAGUGGACUUUAUUUUGAAGAAAACUGGCCAGAAACAAGUCUUUUACAUUGGCCAUUCACAGGGCACCACAAUGGCUUUCAUUGCUUUUUCAACUUUGCCACAGCUGGCUAAGAAAAUCAAAAUGUUCUUUGCCUUGGCACCAGUAGCUACAGUCAAGUUUGCCACUAGCCCUCUGGCAAAAUUGGGAGUGUUUCCUGACCUGCUACUCAAGGACAUGUUUGGAAAGAAACAAUUCCUCCCUCAGAAUUCUUUGCUGAAGUGGCUUGCUACUCAUGUUUGCACCCACAGAAUACUUGAUGACCUUUGCGGCAACAUAUUCUUUCUUCUGUGUGGUUUUAAUGAGAGAAACUUGAAUAUGAGCCGAGUGGAUGUGUAUUCAACACACUGCCCUGCAGGGACAUCUGUACAAAACAUGAUCCACUGGAGCCAGGCUGUGAAGACUGGGGAACUCAAAGCUUAUGACUGGGGAAGCAAGGCUGCAAAUAUGGCUCAUUACAACCAGUCUACUCCCCCUUUCUACAAAAUAAAAGAGAUGACUGUACCAACAGCAGUGUGGACUGGUGGACAGGACUGGCUGGCAGACCCAAAGGAUGUUGCUAUGCUGCUCACUCAGAUCACAAACUUGGUUUACCACAAAAAUAUUCCAGAAUGGGAACACUUGGAUUUCAUCUGGGGCCUUGAUGCACCUUACCGCAUGUAUAAUGAAAUAAUUAACAUGAUUAGGAAAUAUCUCUAAACCAACAUGGUAUUUCAGAGUAUUGGUUCACUAGGAAUUCAUCUUUUUGGAACGUAUGCUUUUCUGGCAAUAAUGCUAACAUUUUUUUAUUUAUGAUGCAUUUUUAAAAUGCCAGCAAUGACUACUGAAUUGGAUUCAUAUAUGGCUGUUUUUCUCAAUAUUAUUUCUCUCUCCUGCAGAAAUCCUCAUUAUAUCCUGCUGAUUUUGCACACAGUGGCAUGGUACUCAAAA